AUGAUGCAGAUGCAGCAGCAGCAUCAGGCCCAAGUCGGCCCUCCCCAGAAUGUUCAGGCCUCCUUCGCCCCGUCGCACCAGAUUUCCGCCAUGAACGAAACCGUCUGGCUGCAGAUCGGAAGCUUUUCCGAGUUGCUGCGCAUCCCCGAGGAGGCCAUGCUUGCCUAUGAGCGGGCCCUGCAGGCGAACUCGACGUCCACGGCGGCCAUGAACGCCAUCGGCAUGCUCCUCAAGGGUCGCGAGGCCUUUGACAAGGCUCUCGAGUUCUUCCGAGCCAUCGUCCAGCUCGAGCAGAACAACGGCGAGGCCUGGGGGAAUCUUGGCCACUGCUAUCUCAUGACGGAAAAUCUGCAAAAGGCCUACGAUGCUUAUCAGCAAGCCCUCGUCAACCUCCGUGACCCCAAGGACCCGAUGCUGUGGUACGGAAUCGGCAUCCUGUACGAUCGGUACGGGAGCUACGACUACGCCGAGGAGGCCUUCUCGCAGGUCAUGCAGAUCCAGCCUGAUUUCGAAAAGGCCAACGAGAUUUACUUCCGCCUCGGCAUAAUAUACAAGCAGCAGACCAAGUUCAACCAGAGCCUCGAGGUGAGGCGCCCCGCCGCCGCUCUCUCCUCUCCCGCCACCGCCGUGGUAUGCAUGCUGACCUUGGCCCAGUGUUUCAAGUACAUCGUGAACUCGCCGCCCGGGCCCUUGACGCAGGAAGACAUCUGGUUCCAGAUUGGCCAUGUUCACGAGCAGCAGAAGGAUUUCGACAGCGCCAAGGCCGCCUACCAGCGGGUCCUGGAUCACUCGCCGAACCACGCCAAGGUUCUUCAGCAGCUCGGAUGGCUGCACCACCAGCAGAGCAACGCCUACGAAACCCAGGACCGCGCCAUCCAGUACUUGGAAAAGUCGGUCAGCGCAGACAACGCCGACGCCCAGAGCUGGUACCUGCUCGGUCGCUGCUACAUGUCGCAGCAAAAGUACCCCAAGGCGUACGAGGCCUACCAGCAGGCCGUGUACCGCGACGGCAAGAACCCGACGUUCUGGUGCUCCAUCGGCGUGCUCUACUACCAGAUCAACCAGUAUCGGGAUGCCCUCGACGCCUACUCUCGCGCCAUCCGCCUGAACCCCUACAUCUCCGAAGUCUGGUACGACCUCGGCACCUUGUACGAAUCGUGUAACAACCAGAUAACGGACGCGCUCGACGCCUACCAGCGCGCCGCCGAGCUUGACCCGAGCAACCCGCACAUCAAGGCCCGCCUCCAGCUCCUCCGCUCCGGCGGCACCAACGGAGGCCCGCCUUCGGUGCCCCCGCCGGCCGACGUGCACCCCCAGGCGUACCAGGCCGCCGGUCCUUCCGGGCCCGUCGGUCCCCAGUGGGGAGGUUCGACGCAGCAGCCCGCGCCCAGCGCUCCGCCGUCGGCGACGGGCGAGAACUGGGCUCGCGGCCUCUCCGGCGUCAACCCGCCGCCGCAGCCCCCCAACCCCUACGAGGGGCGCGAGGCCUUCCGUGCUCCGCCGCCGCCGCCGCAGCGCCAGCCCAGCCCGCAGCAGGAGCAGCAGAUGCGUCAGCAGCAGCAGCAGCAGCAACAGCAACAACAGCAGCAGCCGCCGCCGCCGCCGUCUCAGCAGCCGCCGUACGCCGACGCCCACCGCGGCGGUCCUCCGCGUCGUGGACCGUCUCCCGGCCCCGCCGCUCACCAGUACCCUCAAGGUCCGCCGCCGCCCCCGGCAGGUGACCGGAGAGUGAUCAACCCCAACUGGGCCGGCCCAACCCCCUCGGCCGCCGCGCCGCCCUCCAACGCCGGCAGCGGGCCCAACCCGCAGACCAACGGCAUGGCUCCCUUCCGGCCCAGCAACAACAGCCCUCGCCCUGAGGGUCGCGGGCCUCACGACAACCGCAUGCCGUCUCCCAAGUCCGCCUAUCCUCAGCACCAAGCGCCGCUCCCGCCCUUCGCCCAUCACCCGGACGCGCCGCCGCCGCAAGCCGUCUCCGAGAGCGGCCCUGCUCCUCUCCCGCCGCCAGAGUCGUCCGUCCAGCGCAUGGAUGACCGACCGCCUUCCGUCGGCCCCAAGCGGAUGCGUGAAUGGGAGGACGAGUCGGCCGCCAAGAAGCAGGCCAACGAGGAGAACCGAGCACGGCUCGGGGACAUGAGUCAUCGACGGCCUUCGACGCCGCCGCGCGACUCGUACCGCCGCAACUCCUCCGAGACGCGUCGCCCGGACGAGCAGCGUCGUGGGGAGGAAGCGAGGAAGGUCGACGAGACUCGUCCUCAGAACGAAAGCUAUCACCCGUCCGAGGCCGCCCACCACCCCCAACCCGCCGGUCCCAGCCAGCUCCCGCCCAUCCAGCAGGGUCCCGGUCCCCUGCAGGGCGUCAAGCUCGAGAAGCCGCCGACGGGCCCGACCGCCAAGGAGGAACGACCGCCGCCCGAGCAAGCGCCCGUCGCGCCCCCGGCCGCGACCACCACGGCCGAGCCUGAACGGGCCGCCAGGAAGAUGGACGUCGACGAGGAUUAUGACGAUAGCGGCGACGACGACAAAAAGGCCGUCCUCACAAACGGGACGGCCUCUGCGCAAGGAUCGGCUGAUGGAAAACCUUCGGCGCCGUCGGGUGCCAUCGUCAAUGGCUCGUCGGCCACCGUCGCCAAGUCCGAGUCAUGA